UGCAUCCCCAGCAUCCCUGCGCAGUGAAUCAGACUGACCGACCCACCGAGGCGGACUGAGCGCACCGACGCUGCUCCGUCAGCGGACACAUGAAGGCUUCCUCCCCCGGGUCAGAGGCGAGUUUUCGGUGAUUCCUCCCCGCUGGUUUCCCUCUUUUAUGGAUGUGAAGUAACAGCGGGCGGCAGCGAGUCGGUUCCCCCUCCAUCUCUGCGCUUCUUUCUGCCAGGAUCCAAACCUCCUCUGAACCACAAAAUGGCGGACAUCAUCGAGCUGGGACCCGCCUACGAAGCUUUGGGGAAGCAGCAGGUGUUUAGGAGGAAAUGAUCCGCGUCAUGUUGAUAAAUCACCUGCAGCGCGUUGAGCCAUGUCCCCGGUGCUGGCGGGCUUCCUUGGAGCUGGUGUCCUGGUUCUGGUGGUGGUGGUUCUGGUCCUGCUCUGGUCGUUCUGUCAGCGCCGGUACCUCCGGGUUACCGGGCGCUACAAGCUGAACGGUGACCGAUACUGCGACGCAGAGGACCCCCCGUACAAAUUCAUCCACAUGCUGAAGGGGAUCAGCAUUUACCCAGAAUCCCUCAGCGGCAGCAAGCGGAUCGUCCGUGGAAUCCGCCGCGCCGACCGGUCGGAGCGUGACGGCGAGCGCGGCGGUUCGGCCGGCGGCGCGGCGGGCCGGGGAAUGGUCCUGGUGGAUGCAGAGAACAACAUCCUGGACGUUCCGGGUCAGCUGCAGAUGAGUCACCUGGUCCCGCCCACCGGGUCGGGCCCCGCCCAUAGCCAGGCCCGGCUGGAGCGGGCCCUGCCGGUCCGCGCCGACUACUGUUGCCUGGACAGCAGCUCGGCCGGCAGCAGCCAGACCAGCAGCAAGACGGCGUCGCCCUUCACCCCCGCCUCCUCCGAACCGGAACCGGAACCCAACCUGGGCUCCGUCAGCCUCAGCGUCGACUACAACUUCCCCAAGAAGGCGCUGGUGGUGACGGUGGUGGGGGCCCGGGGCCUCCCCGCCGUGGACGAGCAGGCCGGCAGCUCCGACCCCUACGUGAAGAUGACCAUCCUGCCGGAGAAGAAGCACCGCGUCAAGACCCGCGUGCUGAGGAAGACGCUGGACCCGAUCUUCGACGAGACCUUCACCUUCUACGGCGUGGCCUACAGCGCGCUGCCCGACCUCACGCUGCACUUCCUGGUGCUCAGCUUCGACCGCUUCGCCCGUGAUGACGUCAUCGGGGAGGCCGUGGUGCCGCUGAAGGGCGUGGACCCGAGCACGGGCCGGGUCCACCUGAGCCAGCAGAUCACCAAGAGGAACAUGCAGUGUGAGAGUCGUGGCGAGCUGCUGGCCUCGCUGUCCUACCAGCCCGUGUCCCACCGCCUCAGCGUGGUCGUCCUGAAGGCCAGACAUCUGCCCAAGAUGGACAUGACGGGCCUGUCAGCCAAUCCGUACGUGAAGGUGAACGUUUUCUACGGCCGUAAGCGCAUCGCCAAGAAGAAGACGCACGUGAAGAAAUGCACGCUGAACCCGGUCUUCAACGAGUCCUUCAUCUACGACAUCCCGCCCGAACUGCUGCCCGACGUCUCCGUGGAGUUCCUGGUGGUGGACUUCGACCGGACCACCAAGAACGAGGUCCUGGGCCGCCUGCUGCUGGGCCUGCACAGCCCCUGCCCCUCUGGCGCCUCCCACUGGCGGGAGGUGUGUGAAAACCCACGCAGGCAGAUCUCCAAGUGGCACAACCUGAGCGACUUCUGAGGAAGAGGAGGAGGAGGAAGCAGCUGAGACUCUACCGGUGAUCCCUACUGGGACACAAAGACUCAGUGUACAGCUCUCACACACACACACACACACACACACUGACACACACCACAUGUGCAACACACACACCGCUGUGAUGAUAGUCCAACUCUCCGUCUCUAUUAUCUCUUCGCCACCAAAAUGUUUUGCAAGUUUAAGAAAAAAUCCUAAAGUUUCAUUUGAAAAGAAAAGAGGGCGGGUCCAACGCGAUUUAAAAAGAAGAAGAAACGGCUCCCCUCGUCCUGCAGCUCGCCGCAUGUCUGUGAAGCUCCGAGCUGCAGAGAUCCUCUGACGAUGCGAUGCUCCACCGCGCAGAGAAAACCUCCUCUGUGUUCAGCAUGCUCCCCGCCUGCGACGGUCCGGGUUCUGUCCCGCUCCAGAACUUUCCCAGAAUCCUGAAGAUGCCGGGUUUCGUCCCGGCCGCGUCCCAGCCCCAAAGUACUGCAGCAAAAACCUGCAGACUGAACCCAGCUGAUGUAACAUACCUGAUUUAUCCUGGAGCCUGAAGCAGAGGCCAGAUGUUGAACAUCUUCCACCAAAAUCACUCAGAUCUGCUUAGAAUCUGUUUUAACUGUUUCGUCCCACAGCUUCUUCCUGAUUCUCACUGAAUCAUCAGAUCCUCACAUACUUUCUCUCUGAUCAUGGGUUUAUUGCAAAUUUUCUGCCAAACAAAAUGAUCAUAAACAUUGGGUUUAAGUGAUGCUACCUCCCACCUGCAGGGGGCGGCGUUUCUUACUCGAUGACAGGUUGUCAGAAAAAUCCAGUUUUUAAAGUUGUUUAACAGAUGCAGAUGUUUCCGUGUGCGAUCCGUUUGAUUCCUAUUGGGUUUUUUCUUCUAUAUGUAGUUUGUGGAAGAAAAAAAAAAUAGCAUCAGAAAAUUUGAUAUUUUGAUUGCAAAAAAUGACAAAACCAACGAUAACACCUGGCGGAACUGAUGGAUGGUGUCAGGAUGAAUAUUCAGACGACCGAUUGCCUGUUUUUGGGUUGAUAAUGUAGAAAACAGUGAAACUGUGAAGUACAAUGAGAGUGUUGCUGUUUUUUAUUUAAAGGGGCGGUACUAUGUAUUUUCAGGGCACCCGGUGCCAUUUUAUAUAAUCAAGUAACUUUGUUACCUUCAGUUGUCAAAAUGCUGUCAAAUAUAACUGAAAGAAAUUUAACUUCCAGAUUUAACCUCUGUCUCUUUAAAAACUCCUCUUCUUCCUGAAGCUCCGCCUCCAGGAAGUCGUCCCAAAAUGGCUCCUCCAUUAACCUUUUAGCGUUUUUACCAGCUCUGAGCAGCAGCUCCUAUAAUGAGCUCAGCAGGUGUUUGCUAAUUGCUGCUGGCUAGUCUGAAGGAUCUGAGUGGGGGAGGAGGUGCACCUUGGGGGCGGGGCUAGGUCCAUUCAGGUGUUUUGCGCAGCUGAAUGGUUGCCAUGGAGAUUAAACGAAUGAAUGAAAGAAUCAAAGCAACACUCCAGGUUUGUUUCUGAUGAGAAUAAAAUUAUAACAUGAUGGAAACAUCAAAAAAGUUGAUUUUCCAUAGAAUCAACUUUUUUAUGGAAGAAAUGUUGAUCUGGACUGGAACCAGUCCAGAAACAGUCCAGAGUGGUUCUGGACUGGAAACGAGUCCCAGGUGGGUUCUGGUCGCUCGGACCUGGAAGCAGUAGGUUUGGUUAAAUCAACCAGAUCAGUUUUUAACUCAUUUAAACUGCUGGUGGCCCACAAAAUUCAUUCAAUUAAAAAUUACAACUUUGAUGCAAAGUUGUAAUUUUUAACGCAACUUUGCAUUAAAGUUAUUUAAUGCAAAGUUGGCAUUUCAUGACAAAAGUCGUAGACGUUUCUGAAGACUCCUUCAUGUUUAUGGCAGAUGUUUUGUUACAUAAAGAGUUACCGAAAGUCUCAAGUAAAACCUCUGGAUGUUUUGUUUUUAAUCCCAGUUCAUUAAUAAACAAGCCCACCAGAGGGCGCUCUUCUUUACUAACGACUUAAAAACUCCUGAAUAUAUUCAGGUUUUAAUCAGGCUUUUUAAGAUUAGCAGUUUAUUGGUAUUUUUUGUACGUUAUUAUCCGGGUUUGAGGUUUUAUCCCGCAGAUAAAUGAAGUUUUGACCUUUUCCUGGGGGCGCAGCCUCAUCUGUUCUCUGCUUCACGCCGUCCGCCUCUUCCCUCCUCCCCGUUGAUCCUUGUGAGCGAUCCGCCACCAGAUGGCGCCGUUUCCCCGCUUGGUUCUGUUUCCCUCGGCUCUGUGACCAGAGAGAAGCCAGUUUGGGUUUAACGCGGACUGCUGAUGCAGUUUAGUCUGUUUAACGUUAAUCCAGCCGCAGCUGCUCCACAGACAUUAACUCGUGUAAAUCUGCGCCUCACCUGAACCUUUUGCAGCUUUCCUCUGAGCGGAGCUCCCCGCAGACCAACACACUGUAGAUUUGUACAGAUGUGAAUUUGUUCGCUGGUUUCCUUCCUGUCUGUUGUCCUCAGAGCUUUCGUGUGUUUGAGCGCCCCCUGCUGUAGACCUGGAUGCUAACCUCUGUGUUGGGUUUGUUAACACUCAGUGGACGUGCAAAUAAAAAACAGUUAUCUACGA